AUGGUAAAGACGACCGAGAGCCGGGAAAGCGAAGUGAAGGCUAUCAUAAGGCCUGGCACGCACGUCACCAUUUUGGCCGUUGGCGUGGACAACACUAGAGCCAAGGUUCAUGCAAAGGGAAGCGCUGCAGCUACUGGAGUCGAUGGUUGGAUAUCGCUCCUCUCCAGACACGGCGACCGAACCCUUGGCCCGAUUGAGGCUCAUAGAAAGGACGUCGAAAUUGAGUUCGAACCCAAGUAUCUCAAGAUCAAGGGCGUCCUGACAGCUGCCGCGACUGGGGACCUGCAGGGAAUGAAAAAGAUUUACGACGGCGGAUUCAUGUCCAGUUACAAGCCUGAUGUGAACGUCACAGACGCGCGGGGCAAGUCCGCGCUGAUGUUUGCGUCUGCGUGCGGGCACAGAGACAUCGUCGAGUACCUGCUGAGUCACAAGAAGCGCGUCGACGUGAACGCGGCAGACAACACCAACAAGACAGCGUUGCACCACGCCUCCACGCGAGCGAAGAGGUCGCCCAAGACGGCUCAGACCGGGAUCAUCAGGUUGUUGCUCUCGCACAAUUGCUCCCUGGAGGCUCGCGACCACAACGGAUGCACACCGUUGAUGUUCGCCGUGGCCAACGGCGCGGAAGACAUCGCGCAGAUGUUGCUCGAGACGAAGGCGAAUGUCAAUGUAGCGGACUUCGAGGGGCUGACCCCGAUGGACUACGCCACGAACUUCGAUAACGAAUCGUUGAAAAAGCUGCUCACGAACGCGGGCGGCAAGCAGAGCAAGAAGGCCCUGGAGGCCGCCUCCAAAGCUGCUGCCGAGAAGGAGAACGGGCCGCCCACGGGCCCCAGUGGCGACUCCGCCGAAGCGGCGGCGCCUCAGCCCGUGCCGGCGGGCAUGGUGGAGGCCAUCGAGGCGCACGAGGAGGCACGGGAGGUCACGGUGGCGGCCGAGGACGAGGGCGAGGCGGACGAGGAGGAGCAGGACCCGAAGGCGGUUGCCUUGGGCAAGCUGCAGGCUCUGUUGGACGGGGCCGCCCCGAAGAGCGAGCUCGAGGCCGCCGUCAAGUUGGCCAAGGCUGCCGGCGUAGACGACUCGGCGAACGAGAUGAAGGCUGCGGAGAGGCGGUUGGAAGACUUGGAGGCGCGCAUCAAAGCUGCUGGAAAGCUGUCCAAGGCGGUGGCUGCCAAGGACGUCGCCAAGAUCGAGAAGGCCCUCGCCGAGGCAGAGAAGUGCCAGCGGGCAUCGGCGGAUUCUUCCAGGAUCGAGGAGGCGAGGAAGGUCCUUGAGGUCGAGAAGCCGAGGCAGAAGGCCCGCGAUCGGUUGUCGGCCGCGGAGGAAGCUGGUGACGCGGAGGCGUUGAAGGCCGCCCUUUCAAAAGGGGAAAAAGUGGGCUUGCCCACGGAGGAAUUGGACAAGUUCAGGGAGCUUUUGAACGCCACCCAGUCGAAGGAGAAGGCCGAGGAGAUGCUCAAGAGCGCCGCAAAGGACAAGGACGUGAAGAAGCUGAAAUUCGCAAUUCAGCAGGCCAAGGAGGCUGGAGUUGAAAAGGAUGUCAUCAAGGAGGCCAAGGCUGUGCUCAAGGAGGAGCUGCCCAAGGCAGAGGCCCGUGAGCUGAUCAAGGACGCCCUUGACAAGGGCACCGUCGAAGCGCUGGAGGAGGCCGUGAUCGCGGCGAAGGAGGCACCGCUUCCGAAGGACGAGUACAGGGAGGCGAACACGCUGCUCAAGCGAGAGAAGGAAAAGGCGAAGUUGCUCAAGUCUGUCAAGGAAGCGCUCCACGACGCCAAGAAGGCCGAUAUGGCCGACAUCGAUUCCAUGAGGGAGGCGAAGGAGAAGCUCGCGACGGCGAUUACAGGCGCGCUCGCAGCUGGCGUCGCCGAGUCGGACCUGAAGGACGCGGAGAGCAGACGGAAGAAGUUGCAUAACACCAUCGAGGACCUCAAGGGUUCCAUCCGCGUGUUCUGCCGCGUUAGGCCGCUGAGCAAGAAGGAGAAGGAGGCGGGCGACACCAAGGUCACUAAGGGUGUCGACUCCAUGAACUUGUCCAUCGAGUCCGAGUCUGCUGGUAGCACAAAGUACACCUUCGAUGCCGUGUUCUUGCCCGGCACUCAAGUCGAGGUCUUCGAAGAUUGCAAAGACUUGGUGCAGUCGGCCGUCGAUGGCUACAACGUGACCCUCUUCGCCUACGGCCAGACAGGCGCCGGUAAGACCUUCACCAUGCAUGGCACUAAAGAGGAAGAGGGCGUUGCCCCCCGGACGAUCCAGGAGCUCUACCGAGUGAUGGAAGAAGGGAAGAGUCGUUGCAAUUUUACGGUUAUGUGUUCCAUGCUGGAGCUCUACAGGAACGAUCUGGUGGAUCUUCUAAGCAAGGGCAACCCAGCGGCCUCGAAGGGCAAGCUCGUCGUCAAGACCGACAAGGCAGGCGCAGUGAUGGUUGAAAACCUGACUGAGGAGACCUGCGAGACCGCCGAUGAACUGUCCAGGCUCCUGCAGAGGGGCAAUGAUCAGCGCACCGUGGCUGCCACGGAGAUGAACAGCGAGAGCUCACGUUCGCAUUUGGUCCUCAUCAUCAAGGUGGUGAGCGUCAACAGGGAGACCAAGGAGCAAUUGCAGGGUAAGAUUCUCUUGGUCGACCUGGCAGGCUCAGAGAGGCUGAAGAGGUCAGGGGUGGAGGGCGAUGCCCAGCAGGAGGCGAUCGAGAUCAACAAAUCUCUGACGGCACUCGGCGACGUCAUCGAGGGCCUCACUAAGAAUCAGAAGGUGAUCGCAUACAGAAACCACAAGUUGACGCAGCUGAUGCAGGACUCUCUCGGCGGCACCGCCAAGACGCUCAUGUUCGUGAACUGUUCCCCAGCUAGCUCCAAUCUGGACGAGACCGUGAUGUCACUGAAGUACGCCACCCGGGCGAAGACCAUCACCAACACGUCGGGAGCCAAGGCCUCGAAGGCCGGGGCCGACGGGAAGGACAAAAAGGCUGGAAUCAAGCUGUGAGCGCGGGCCCGCGCCCCGCAUCUGGGGCCGGAGGAGCGCGGCGGGGGCAGGGAAGGCUCCAGAGGUCGGAACUCGGCAACUUACGCCUUCAGUCCUGGCCAGGCCCGCCCUGGGCCCAGGGCUGGUGCACAGGCCGUCGUGGCUCGCGCCUGGAGGACCCAGGCACCAGGUGAGGGCCGCAGACUGCGUUCGAGUAGGAGAUCGACUACGGAAUUGAUUCACCCCAAAAUUGACUUCCACGUCG